GCCGCCGCUGCCCCAGGAUCGGCCGCCGGCGAUGCCGCCGCCGCCGGCGGAGCCGGAGGCGGUGCCCGAGGCGGUGCUGGAGCAGUGGCGGCAGUACAACGAGAGCGAGCGGCACUGGGCGCUGCGCCGCCGCUUCAUCCUGCGCCACCUGCACGGCUACCCCGGCGCCGCCAUCGACCGGCUCCUCUCGCUCUCCGUGCUCUGGACCAACCACGUCUUCAUGGGCUGCAGAUACAACUCGCAGAUCAUGGAGAAGGUUCUCGAGAUGGCCGAAGGCAUUGAUAUUGGGGAGAUGCGGACAUUCGAGUUGGUCCCUACUAGGAAACUAAAAAGACAUCUCUCUCCGUCUGACAGUCCAGACCCAGAAGAGAUUCCCGAGCCUCCCAAAAAGAUGGUCCCCAAGUUUCGGGUGCGACCACGUUUUGAACCCAUACACUUUGUAACCAGUGCUGAGAGGGAUGACAAAAAAGAAGAUCCUUCUGAUAACCAAAUGCAGGAGGUGAACCAGGAGGCAAAUGCGAACAGCGUAGCACCGCCAGCUGAAAAUUGUACAAGUUCUCCUUUUGAGAGCACCCAAGAGGUAGAUCCCCAGCUCUCCAACUCAGCUGGGCUGGGCUUUUCAGGCCAAGCAGCAACAGCCAAUAAGGCUAUGAACAAUAUGGACACUACCAUAGGUGGCGGGGUACAACCUUCUGUUUCCCCUUCUACUGUCCAGUCUUCGUCGGAGACUUUUCCCCCAUCAGCUAUAGUACUGAAGCAGGCUUUUAUUGAGAAACUCUCAGCAGCUAUCUGGAAAAAUCUUGCUAACCCAGAUGCAAACACUGGGACUGAUAAGAUUAACUAUACAUAUCUACUGACACGUUCCAUUCAGGCGUGCAAGACAAAUCCUGAAUAUAUUUAUGCUCCUCUCAAAGAAAUUGCCCCUGCUGACCUCCCCAAGAGUAAGAAGCUCUUAACAGAUGGCUUUGCUUGUGAAGUGCGAUGUCAGAACGUCUACUUGACCACUGGUUAUGCUGGCAGCAAAAAUGGAUCCAGGGAUCGAGCCACGGAGUUGGCGGUCAAGCUGCUCCAGAAGUCUGUGGAAGUUAGAGUUAUUCAGCGGAAGUUCAAACACACCUAUCACGAAGACUUGGUGGUGUGUGAGGCAGGUGUGAGUCGCCCAGAUUUCCCUCCUGCUCUCAAACUUCAUGAUGAGUUUGUAGCUGCCAACAGGGACUGCGUCCCAGUGCAGCCUGGUGCUGAAACCGUGAAAACUUCUACUAAUACCAGCAAACACUGGACUAGUUUUGUCCUCACAGAGAAUGCUAGCGAUUCAAUAGGGAUACUUAACAAUUCUGCUUCAUAUAACAAAAUGUCUGUUGAAUAUAAAUAUGACUUAAUGCCUAACCGCACGUGGCGCUGCCAAGUGUAUCUACAGGAUCACUGCUUGGCAGAGGGAUUUGGCACUAAGAAGACCAGCAAGCAUGCGGCAGCUGAUGAGGCAUUGAAAAUUCUGCAGAAGACACAGUCGAACAUGACAGCCAUCAAAGUGACCCAGGUUCAGAAGGUGGGUUGCUCGUCACGGGGCUCUGGAAGGAAGAAGGACCUGAAGGACCUUGUGGUUUAUGAGAACUCCAACAAUCCUGUGUGUACACUAAAUGACACUGCUCAGUUCAACAAGAUGACGGUGGAGUAUGUCUUUGAAAGGAUGACUGGUAUGCGAUGGAAAUGCAAGGUGCUGCUUGAAAAUGAAUUCAUUGCAGAAGCAGUUGGAGUGAAAAAAUCCGUCAAGCAUGAGGCAGCAGAGGAAGCUGUGAAAAUCCUCAAAAAGACUCAGCCAACUGUUGUUAAUAACCUGAAGAAAGGCACCAUUGAAGAUGUCAUCUCCAGAAAUGAGAUUCAGGGUCGAUCAGCAGAAGAGGCCUUCAAACAGAAGAUCAAAGAAGACAACAUUGGGAAUCAAAUUUUAAGAAAGAUGGGCUGGACAGGUGGUGGCUUAGGGAAAGAUGGCGAAGGAAUUAGAGAGCCUAUUUCAGUGAAGGAGCAGUUCAAAAGGGAAGGACUUGGGCUUGAUGUAGAAAGGGUGAACAAAAUCGCUAAAAGAGAUAUUGAACAGAUCAUUCGAAACUAUGCACGCUCUGAAAGUCAUAUUGACUUGACUUUCUCUACAGAACUUACCAAUGAUGAGCGGAAGCAGAUACAUCAGAUUGCCCAAAAAUACGGUCUUAAAAGUAAAUCUCAUGGGCAGGGCCAUGAUAGAUACUUGGUGGUAAGCAGGAAGCGGCGCAAGGAAGAUCUGUUAGACCAGCUGAAGCAAGAAGGCCAGGUUGGGCAUUAUGAGCUUAUUAUGCCUCAAGCAAACUGAGGUUAUCGUGUCCAAUUCUACAGGUGAAAGUAUGAUGAGUCUGAACUUCCUAGAUCCCUAAUUAAAGGAGGAGAUGCUGCAUUUUCUUGUUGUGGGAUAUAUUAACAUUAAGAUGUUUUACUUUGCUCAUGUAAUUUCUAAAAUGUUACUAGACAAUUAGAACUGACAAAGUUCUGCUCAAGUAUUGUAGCACAGCCCAAAAAACAAUAGUGUUGUUACUGUAUGUGUCUUUGAUAUUACUUUUUCCUUCACAUUUUAAUAGUUUUGUAAUACCAAAAACACAUGUCCAAACAGAAAGCAUUUGACACCAUUUAAAAUUAUAGAUCCCUUAUUCUUUUUGAUCAGGGAAGGAAAAAAAAAGUCUUAAAAAAAAAAAAAGAAAAGAAAAAGAAGAAAGGCAAAGGAAAUGCAGUUUGGAGGAAUAAACCUGUAUGUAAAAUGGGUAUUAAUGACAAUAAAAAUACAGUUUUAUUUCUGGAAAAAAAAACAGGAUUUGUCACAUUUUGUACAAAUUUUGUGUGAAACUGUAUUUACUCUUGAGAAAUAUAUAGCAAGCUCUCAUCUCUGCUGUGCAUAUAUGUAGAGAGAUGUCCUUAACCAAUUUAACAAUACAGUUUUAUUCAUAAUUUCUA